UUGAUUAACUGUCGCGUGAUCUGGCAUGGCUGACACGGAAACGCAAAUACGAUAUCGUCUGUCAUGAACAGUCUUCAACCACACUCGUAAAACGCUCCUGCACAGUGCUAGCCAUGGGUGGAAAGGAUUCAAAAUUAGCAUUUAUAACCUACGAGGAUGCGUCCAAAAGAGUUACAGAAGCAGAGCUAAAGAGGCUGAAAGAAGCCUUCAAAAGGGCAUCUACUCUAAAUGGAUGGAUGACAGAGAACCUCUUCGUUAGGGAAGUUUUGUGGGAUGGCGUUCCUCCAAAGCUGGCUCAGCUGAUAUACAAGGGAUUUGGAGGAAGCUCAAAGGGUCUGUCUUUCAAAGAUUUGUUGUGUGGACUGGUUGUUCUGACCAAAGGCAUUAGAGAGGAGAGAAUCAAAUUGAUCUUUGGCAUGUAUGCGGAUGAAAGCUACAGUUAUGUCCAAAAAGAUGAGAUGGACCGUAAAGUACUGGAGACUGAGGGACAUGUAUCACCAGCCCUGUCUAGUCUUUUCAGAGAGUCUGACCAGGUUAGCUAUGAACAGUUUUAUGCAUGGAUACGAGAACACCCUGAUGCCACCAUAAUAUCAAGAUGGCUGCUGACAGAACAAAGUCUUAUUUCUCUUUCCAAUGAGAUGGAUACACCUACAUUCUACCAAACUUUGGCAGGGGUCACUCACUUGGAGGAAACUGAUAUCAUUGAGCUGGAAAAGCGAUACUGGCUCAUCAAAGCUCAGUCCAAGACUGGUCGGUUUGAUCUUGACCUUUUUAGGCAGCAUGUCUGCCCACCAGUGCCUGAUACCCUGUGUGAUGCUUUGUUCCUGGCCUUCGAUGAGAACCGUGACAACCACAUUGAUUUCAAGGAAAUGGCAUGUGGGAUAUCUGCCUGUUGCCGAGGCCCAGACACAGAGAGGCAAAAAUUUUGUUUCAAGGUAUUUGACAAGGACCAUGAUGGUCAGCUAAACAAGCAGGAACUAAUGGAGAUGCUGGAAUCAUUGCACAUUGUUCGCAAUGAAUACAACUCACCAGAAACUCUGGCAGAUCAAGACCUUCCAUCGCUGGAUCCAGACACCGUUGCCCAGGAGAUAUUAUCAUGCCAUGAUAACAGUAAGAGUGGAUCCAUUUCCUUAGAGGACUAUUUGAUGUGGACAGUAAACAACAACCUUACUGAUGAUUUUCUCAGUCUUCUUAGUCAGGUUUGCCACAUUGUGUUAGGACUCAAGCCACAAAAUCGAGAAGAGGAAGGCAAAAUUAUCCAGAAUUGGCUUGAAAGGGAAUCUCGACAUCCCCUAAAAGUUGGUCAGGUGUGGUACCUCAUCAGCAUGCAGUGGUACACUGCUUGGCUUGAGUAUGUUAAUAUACAGUUACACAAUGUUUUUGAGUGGCCAGACAGUAAUUGUGAAAGACACAAUCUUGAUGGAUCGACCUCUACACCAAAACAUCGGAUAGCCAAGGGCAAGAACUCGGGUGGGUCCUCCCUUGCUUGGGAAGAUGACAAUGUCAUUAUGAUUGGCAUGAAAUCAUCUGAUAAAUCUGGCAACAACAACAGCAGCAGCAGCAUUGGAGGAGCAGUGAGCAAUUCUACUCGUCCUGUGCGCAAGCAUGGCUUAAAUCCCCCAGAUACAGGCAGUCAGCCUCAUAGUCCAAGCACCUCACCUAAGAUGAAGCGCAAGACCUUGACAUCUUCCUGCCCCCAGCGACCGCCAGCCAUUGACAAUAGUCCUCUUUUAGCCUCCUCACCAAAUAAGUUCUCAUCCCUGACAAAUGAGGGUGGCAGGCUGAGGCGAGACAUCAUGCUGGUGAGGGGCAAGGAUUUUGAGAUUGUUCCAGAACCCAUCUGGCGAGCCCUUGCCAGCUGGUAUGGGGGCUCCCCAGCCCUUCCUAGAACUGUUAUCCAGAGAACUAAAGAAGAUGAUGCUCCCAGUCUAGAGCUGUACCCAAUUAGUGUACGCUUGCUGCGACAUCAGAUGCCAAGUCAACGACCACAGCCUGCCACUUCCAUUACUGGCAUGAUGGCUGGUAUUGGUGGCAUGGCAUGGAACUUCUCUCUUGUUUGGCUAACAGGCCUUGCAAACAGUCCUGCAACUCCACGUCGCUACCUGGCAUACACAGCAGCCUUCAGUCGCAAGCACACUCUGCAGCAGGUCUAUGACUUCCUCUGUUCCAAGCUUCGCUUCUGCAGAGAGGACAUCAGGCUGUGGAAAAUCAGUUCUAAAGAUGAGCAAAGCAUGACACUACUUGAUGAUGAAAACCUUACCGUAGAAGAAGCUGCUAUAGAGGACAACCAGCAGGUUCUUAUAGAAGUGCGAAACAAAGAUCUCACUUGGCCAGAAGAAAUGUCUCAACUUGCAAAAAAUAAAAUGCUGAAAAAGGAUGACAUCCCUACCACAAAAGGUGCUACAGGCCUGAACAAUCUAGGCAACACUUGCUUCAUGAAUGCAGCCCUACAGUGUGUCUCCAACACUUGGCCUCUCACACAGUAUUUUGCUGGGAAUCUUCAUCUUUUUGAACUAAACAGGGACAAUCCCCUGGGUAUGAAAGGCCACAUUGCCCAGCGCUACGGGGAGCUCAUAAAAGAUCUCUGGAGUGGCACAUCACGGACAGUUGCACCACUCAAGCUCAGGUGGACAAUUGGAAAGUAUGCACCGCGGUUUAAUGGCUUUCAGCAGCAUGACUCUCAAGAACUUCUGAGUUUUUUGUUAGAUGGGCUGCACGAGGAUCUUAACAGAGUUCACAAAAAGCCUUAUGUUGAACUUAAGGACAGUGAUGAUCGGCCAGAUGAGGUGGUGGCAAGAGAGGCAUGGGAGAACCACCUUUUGCGGAACCAGUCCUUGAUUGUCGACCUGUUCCAUGGGCAAUUAAAGUCACAGGUGCGGUGCAAAGAGUGUGGCAAGGUGUCUGUACGCUUUGACCCAUACUCCUACCUGUCGCUGCCUCUGCCAAUGGACUCUUGCAUUCAUCUAGAGAUUCUUGUCAACAGACUGGAUGGGUCAGUUCCAGUGAAGUAUGGCUUACGGCUCAACAUGGAUGAAAAGUACAAAGCUCUGAAAAGGGAACUGUGCUCUUUGUCUGGCAUUCCAGUGGAACAGCUUCUCCUGGUAGAAGUUUUGGGACCCAUUGUAAAGACUUUACCCAAGGAUGAGCAGAAGAUUCGAACACUUCUGGGAGGGACUCUUUAUGCCUAUGAAUUGCCAGUUCCUCCAGAAAUUCCCCAGAUGUCAGCAGAAGAAGAACACCAUUGCCAGGCUGUGACCAAAGAAAGCAUCGGACUGAACGAAAUCCAGCGUGGCAAAAUUACAAAAACUAUGUCAGGCAGCAUCACUUCUUUAUCCCCAUGCAAGAUGGCUAAUGGUCAGCUGCCCCACCAUUAUCAGCAGGGACAGCACCAAGCCCUUGAGUACACCUUGUCUCAAGCACCAGCACUAGGAGGUCAAGACUCACCUUUAAACGCUGGAACCCCAAGCAUGAUUAGCAGCACUUCAGACAGCCUUACGCGCUCACUAGAACUUUUUGACAAUUUUCUGAUCGGAGUGCAUCGGAAAAUGGUGCUUAUGGAUGUCUAUUUCCUGUCAUCGCAAAAGACGCGUCCAAGUUUGUUUGGCACACCUAUUAUCAUUCCACGAGAUGAGAACACCACAUGUCAGGACCUGUACCAUUUUGUGUGGGUUCAGGUGGCACGUCUAGUCAGCCCACUUCCUCCCAGUGAGCAGCGCACAACAAACCACGCUCAGGACUGGUAUGCACGCUCAAGCAGAAGAUCACAUACAUCUGAUGACAGUUUGGGUUAUGAGUACCCUUUCACCCUGAAGCUUGUACAGAAGGAUGGCUUUACAUGUGCCAAGUGUCCAUGGUACAGAUUUUGUCGAGGCUGUAGGAUUGAUUGUAAUGCAGAGAUUUUUGAAGCGGGACAAAGUGGCUCCUUCCUGGCUAUUGACUGGGAACCUACAGCCUUGCACCUCCGUUAUCAAACCUCACAGGAGAGGUACUUUGAAGAACAUGAGAGUGUGGAGGAGAGCCGGCGGCUGCAGACUGACCCCAUUGACCUUGAUACCUGUCUGCAAGCAUUUACAAAGGAGGAAGAGCUGGGUGAAGAUGAACUUUACUAUUGUUCCCACUGCAAGAAGCAUUGCUUAGCUUCCAAGAAACUGGACAUUUGGCGCUUGCCACCUGUUCUAGUGAUUAAUCUUAAACGAUUCCAGUAUCUCAAUGGACGAUGGGUCAAGUCCCACAAGAUUGUGCGUUUCCCACGCAAAGACUUUGAUCCUACAAAAUACUUAGCACCCAGAAAGCCAAAAGUUUUUGAGAUCAUGGAAAAGUCAUUCUGUUUAUCUGUCACCACCCAAGAUACCACCACUACCACCACCACCACCACCACUACUACCACAGUCAUUUCCACAGCUGAGGUCACUGAGGGCAGGGCAGGUGGUGAUGAUGGUUCACAGCGUGAUCACAGCCUGUUAAAUGGACAAUCUCAAACUGGCUCUGGCAUGUGUGAGUUAGAAAAAAAGCUGAAGUUAUAUGAUGGAGAGGAUUUCACAGAUGCUCGAUAUGAUCUUUAUGCCAUGUCGUGCCACACAGGAAUUUUGGGAGGAGGGCAUUAUGUUGCCUAUGCCAAAAAUCCCAAUAACAAAUGGUAUUGCUACAAUGAUAGCAGCUGUAAGGAGGUGCAGGAAGACCAGUUGGACACAAACUCUGCAUACAUUCUCUUUUAUGAAAGACAAGGUGUUAAUUUCUCAACAUUUAUGCCAGACACUACGGGAAAGGAGCCUGAUUUGUCAGAGAUCGAUGACGAGUUUGAGUCUGACUUCAAGAAGAUGUGUAUACUUCAGUGAUUUGAGACAAAAGGGAGAUGAAGAAUGUUUUCCCUGUUGUGCUCUGUUUCCGGUGCAUAUUUCUCUGCCACAAAAGUAUGAUUUUUUUUUUGUAAGUUUUUCUGAUUGCUGAGGAUGAUGUGAUGUUGCCAUUCUCCAAAUAUACACAAAAAAGUAGGUUGCAGGUUGUGUCUGGACACAGAUUUUUGGAAAAAAAACCUUCAUGGAUGAUUUGUAACAUUCAUUUGCAUGGUGACAAAAAUGCCAAAUCCUGCUCAUGGUGGGAAACUUUUUGCCAGAUUAUCCUUGCACAAAGGUCACAGUGGAUACAAGCUUACAGUGGCACAUUUUUUUGCUCAUUGUGCUGAGCAUGAUGGAUGACAGGGUGAUGAACUGGAGCAAAACUUGUGCACUUGUAAAUUCGACACAUUUCUCCUCAGGAAAAGUUAGGUGGUGAUGGUGUUCAGCAAAACUGUUGAUGCCUCAUGGGUCAUGCACAGCAUGACAGGACAGGGCCUCUUGUGACAUGCUUGUCCAUGCCAACAACUUUGUGUUAAUGAGUGUUGCUGGGUGAAAUGCGCUCUUGCUACCAACAAGAUUCUUGAAUCUGUUUUUUAGAAAAAAUCCUAGCCUUCUCUUGUCGUGCAAUAGUUUGUAGACAUCCAGCACUUCUGGACACAGUUUUCAUCCAGAGUGCACAAGCUGUUGGUAGUGUAAUCAUUAACUGUCAUAAUCAUUGUGACAUGCUUUUUGGUCUUGGUGCCAUGCAAACUAACAUGCCUCAUGUUUCUUGUAGAUGGAUAUGAAUACUGCACUUUGGCUGGCUGCAGAGAACUGGAAUGCAGCAAUUUUUUAUCACUUCAAGCUUCCUUCCUCCCACCUUCCAAGGUUAAGCACUUGAAAAGCAACUUUAAUAAACGUUUAAGAUGUAUGGUUAAUACCAGUCUUUUAGCUGACCUUCCUGCACCAUAUUUUAGCUGCUGUGUUAAGGCUGGUACGAAUGGUCUGGUAAAACUAGGUUGUGCAGAUAUUUUAAUAUGCCAAAGAUUAAAAUAUAGCUUUUUUACCGCCUUUUCCUUCUUUCUCUUCCACCACUGCUGUUGUUAGUCCACUGCCUGUGAAGCCCUGAAUCUUUGUUAGUGCAUGUGCUAUAUAAUGCGUUUGUUGAGAAUGGGACAUGCUUCAGUGACAUAGUACCUAUGCAGCCCUCUAUGGGGAAGUUUUAUAAAUUUUUCAAAGAAACAAAACCCUAGAAAAUCAUUUUCCUUUCACUACAAAUCAAAAGCAUCAACAGAUCAUUAUAGGCAUCAAUUUUUCACUUAAAAUAAGAUGAAGCUAAUCAGUUUAAGAUCAUCUUUCAGUAGAUCUUUUAAGUUGUUUUUAUUUUACUUUUUAGUCAGUGUUUUUCUGCUGAGAAAGUGCAUGUGCACACAUACACCAUGUGCACGUGUGCUCACACCCACACUCAAGUCCUGAUUGAGAAAAGACAAAAUAAAGCAAACAUGCACAUGGUUUUGAUGCAGUAUUUUAAUUUGUAUUUAGUCUUGAUCUAGAUGAGGAUAAAAUUCAGAAAACUAAUGAGGAUCAAAGUGCCUCUUACAACCUACCUUAUACCCAGAGGUAUGUCCCCAACAUGUUUUGGCUGCUUGCUUUUUUUUCUCCCCUUCAACCUUUUUUUAAAAACAUCUUGAAAUAUGUUAAUUUCUAUGUUUUUAUUUUCUAGGUUGAAAAGAGAAGUAUGUUCAUGAUUAUAUUUUGCCUGAGACCUUUAAACUUUCCCAGAUAAGAUUCCAUACCCUGUUCUCUAGCAUAUUUACUGGUCAAUCAAAAGUGAAAUCUGAAAAGUUUUUGUCAUUUAAUGAUGCUAAUUUAUGCACAAAAGAAGAAAUGGAGAUGCUUACAAAUGUGAGUGGCUGUGAUUUGAAAGAGGCAGAGCUGUGCUGAAUCAAGCUCCAAAUGUAAAACAUUCCACACAUCAAGAGAUGGUAUCUUUAUGAACAAAUUUUGUUGUCUGCUAUUUUAGUUAGAGAAUGUUUGUGUGUAUUUCUCAGUUAAAAAGAGUCGUCUGGCCUAAAGUGUAAAUAGUUUCACAGCUUGUAUUCAGAAUGGUGAAUUGACUUUUAUGGAAUAAUGAAUAAUACUGUAACUUCAUGUGCAUUUAUGUAUGAGUGUGAUAACUUUGCAUGCACCUGUAGAUAAUGUCCUGUCUUGUAUCCAAAACUGUUUAUUGGGAAACAGGGGCAAGAGCAGUGACAAGCUUAAACUGGCCAAGCCUCCUGAAAUGUAUCCCUUGUGACUUUCCAAUGAAACAAGAAAAUUAUAUGUAUGUCAGUUCUUUCAAAGGAUAGCCAAAUUCAAGAAUAUUUAGUUUCUUUCCUAAUCAGUGUAUUUGGCUAAUUGUUACAGUGUUUGAAGGGAGGCUUAGAAAAUGUUAAUUUCUUUCAUUAAUUUGGUUCUUGAACUUGUGGAGUUUCAUUGCUUUGUUGUUGCAAGAGCUUUCAUGGAUGGUGCCUGUUGUUUGCAUCAUUGUCAUCUAAUGACUGGACAGUGUGCAUAUGUCCUUUGUUUGUAGGAUUUGUGCAGUGACUUUUUUAAGUUUGUAACAAUUAGUGCUUAUGAAUGUCACUGUUUUAUUAACAUGCAACUGUGUAGCUGUUUGCACACUUAACAAUUUUUUUAUUUGUGCUUGAUUUCCUCUCAGUCAACCUGUGAUUUGGUGUGAAAAUAGCCUGUGAUACAACAGAUAUGCAUUUUUAUUUUAAUUCUUACCUGUGAAUAUGAUUUUUCACCGAGAUUGUUUGCAGGACAUUAGAAUAUGUUGGUGAAGCAGAAAUAUUAGUCUUAAAAGGAAGUAACAGUGCAGAAGUCCAUUUUUUAUAAUAAUAUAAAUUUAAAAGUGGAUAAUUGAAUGCAUAAUGUAAAUUGUGGAUUUAAAUAUUUAGCAAAAAAGGAACGAAACAACAAGCAGAGUUCCCCAAUUAAUUUUUUUGUUGAAUAUUUCAGGAGAGGAAACUUCUGCAGUCAUUAAGAAAUAGGAAUUUUCUAGUACUGCAAGUACCAGUCACUGCUUCAAUGAAUUCCAUUUUCUCAUCAGUUCAGAUACAAAGACAUUACUUUUGUGGAUGUGUAUGCCUUUUAACUUUCCUGUUUGAAUAGUCUACAGUCAGUCUAACCCCUACAUUAAGCAUGGUCUGGUUUCUCAACAGUUAACACCAAUACAAUGAGGAUUGGCUGUCCUGGGUUCAGAUCUUGUCUUAGGCAUGCUGUUCUUUCUCUGCAUGUGGCAUCUGUUUACAGGUUUGACUGCUUUGCCAUGAUGCAAACUUAGUUGUUGGCUCAGGAUAAAACACCUAUUCCUCCCCACAUAGAAAUCAUUUUUUUUAUUAUUUCGCAAACUAAUUUUAUUAUUUUCUUGUUAUUAUAUUAGGCAGAGUUGCAUUAUAAUUGGAUUUCAUAAAAUAUUUUACUUUGUUUCCGCAUGUCUUCUCCUCAAAAGAUUUCUGUUGAGUGGAGAACAUAGCCACAUCUAUUUCCAUCACAUCUGGCAUUCAAAUGAUAUGUUCAUAUGUUUAUUAUAUUAUUUGCCUGUCCUGAUCUCUUCGGCCACAUGAAAAGACAAUGUCAAGUCCUUUUGGUCUCAUUUGACCUUUUUUUUUGUUUAUUUAUUUGGACAGCCAUAUAUACACAAAUGACAUACUUGCCCACUUAACUCCUUCCUUCACCCCCACUCCACUUUUAUUUUAAUGCAGUGUGUUUUGUGCAUGAGCUUUUAUGGAUGAUGUUCUCACUCAGACUCCAUUCAUACAGUUCUACACCAGUCAUUAACAGUUUUGUAGUAUGUCUUUGUGUGUCUGGAAUAUGAGGUUUUUUACAGGAUGGGUGUCAUUUAGCAGUCAAAAGCAUGACAUGUAGAAAAAUGGAAAGAGAUGAUGACAUUAGAUGUUUUAUAAGUGUUAAUGAAUGGUUUUACUUACUUAACUUUUCCCCUUAAGACAAAAGAAGUGAAAUCAGGCUAGAUCCUUACCAAGAACAAAAGCCAACAUGGAUGAAAUCCACAAUGAAGAAUUGUGGAAUGUAAAGUUGGGUAAAGAUAUUAUUUCACAUGUGCUUUAGGUUUUGCUACAUUUGGUUGUUCUCUAACUUAAAUAGAACAUUUUAAAAACUUCCUCUAUAAAUUUUAUUUACCAGUGAUACAUACUUGAAUUCCCUUCUGAUGCUAGUGUUGUAUAGCAUUUAUCUCUAAAAGUGUAUCAACUUUUGUAUGUUUAGCCAUCCAAAAUUUCCACAAAGUACUGAAAUAUGUUUGCUUUUGAUAGUCAGCUGCAUCAUUGUCAAUAUCUCAAAGGCAAUAAUCUGACAAACAAGAGUAACUUCUAGUCAUGACUGUAAAAAGCUGGAUAUACAUAGUUUUUAGCAUUCUAAGUAGGAAAGCAUUUAUUUGCUGCUUGCAACAUUUUAUUCUUCUUGGUAAGUUAUCUAAACUGACAUCAGAUUCUAAGGAUUUGUUUGAAGUCUUUGGUUCUCAAUAGAUGAAAUAUGUAAUAGCAUAACAAUUGUCAUUUUCUCAGACAUAAGAUGUGUGAGAAGAAUCGGACAUUCUCUUACCACCAAGGUUUUCACUUUACCUGUGGCUUUUUUCCCUAAUACUUUUUCGAGCCCAGUCUGAUCUCUAUUUGUCCCUGGUGAAAUACACUGUGUUCAUGAAAAUGCAUGUCUCAUGUUUUGGCCUUAAUGACAACAUAUCUGUUCAUAUAAUUAUCUGUUGACUGCAAAUUGGAGUAUGAUGUUCAAAAGCCAGAUGUAUAACUUCAUUUUUACACAACCAACUACCGCAGCGUAGACUUGUCACUUCUUCAGAUUUUCUUUAACCCUCUACUCUCCCCCCAUUAUCUUCAGGCACACUGAAUCCCUCAUUCUGGGUUCCCGUAUACCAGCAGCUUUAUUUUUGGUCUGAGGUAGUAAAAGGCUACUUGGAAUCCCUAUCUUAUAGCAUCAAUCUAGCUACUACAAUGAGAUGUUCAGUUUUCUGCUUGUUGAUAAAUUUCAUAUUAGUAGUGGAUACAAAACACACAUACACAUUGGACAAACAUUUUUUAUUAAUUCACAGUGAAAAAAAACUAUUCAAGAUGGACAGAUAAUGUUAACCUGUUUUCCUCAAGUUCCUUAAGUGGCUGAAGUAUUCAUUUGUAAGGAGUGAAUUUUUCUGGAGGUUGGUGGGGGAUUUGUUUUCAAUAUAAAAGACUAAAGGAGUUGUUAAACAAGGUACAGCAGCCAUGUGAAAUAAUGUCAUGCCAGCCAAUUUGUUGUGGUACUAGAGUCUAGGUUAAUGUGGGAGAUUUAAAGACUUUAAACAUCUGGUUCUGGUAAAUGGUCAUAAAAUGUUAAAAUUAUCAUGGAUUUCAGUGGCAAAGGUAUUAAAUAGUUUUGUUUUGUAGAAUAUUUGUGAUGUUUGGUAAAAAAUAUUUGAUUUCAUCCAGAUUGCUGCAGAUCAUGAGCAAUCUUUGUUGGAUUUUAUUUUGUUUUCUUAUUCCGAAUAUUUUAUUUAAAAGAUGCUAGUCCCAGGCCUUUAAACUUGCAUUUUGAUGUGAAGAGAAAAAUGGAAAAGUGUUUUAUUCUGCUUCGAAAGGGUAAUUGAAUAAGACAAGGGGGUCAUCAUCUUUGGGUCCAUCCAGCUAACAAAGCUUUACUUGUUAGUUUGUUUCUAAUUAAGCUGAUAGUUCUCAUCUUUUUCAUUAGACUGGCCUCUGCCGUUCGCUUCUUCAGCGGGCUUGUGAAAUGUUUCCCCUAGUAGAUUUUUCGAAUGUGACCUUUUCCUCAUUAUUAGUUUUUUAGGCAGUUUAUAAUUGAAGUAGAUAUGCAUAACACAAUAUAUUUGUUACUUGAGAUUUAAAUCUGCGCUGCUCGUUUUUUUAAAUUUUGUUCAUAAGGAUUUUUUGUUGCAUUAUUUGGCUGUCAGAUAUGGCAUAGAUUUUUUUUAUUAGGGUUAUUUAUGGUUUUAGUCCCAUAUUACUUUAUUUCUGCUUUUCAUCUACUACUACUGUUAGACCUUGUGGUUCAUCUUUGACUUUCAUUUAUUUAUGCAAUGUGUGUUUUUAAAUGUUGAGUUUGUCACUAUAUCUUGUGAUUUUCCCAUCGUCAAGGUGACCCUUAUGCAUCACUCAGAACUGGAUGUUUGACGCACAUCACUGUCUGGUCAUCUGAGGCUUAUUUAUGCUGAUGUCAUCUUAAGAGAUCUUUGGCCUUCAGAUUUUGCCACCCACCAUUUAUUUCUUUAUGCAUUCUUCUUUUUUUUUUUUUUUUUUUUUGUACGAGAAAGAGAUUGUGCGUGCAUUCAUGUUCAUCUGUUUGGGCUGCUUGUUAGUAUAUCUUUCUGUAAAUAUGUGCAAGCAUCUCUAUGCAUAUUACCUGGAUUAUUGAGGUUUAUGUCAAAAGAAACAGUGUCUACACACACAAACACACUAAUUAUAACCUGAAAACAGAUACAAGUGGUUAAAAUUUUCAGAAUGGCAGAUGUUCAAAAUGUUUGCCACAACAGCUAAACAGCUGUCAAGCAGUUUAGCUUCCCAUCCCAGCUUCUUUGCACCUCUUUUACAUUUUCUUUUUUGCCAGUAACAUUUCACAAUCUAUUUCCAUUGCUCAAAGCUCUUUUGUUUAAGUGCCAUGCUAAUUCUUGUUAAAGUUCGUAUUUCAAUGUUUAUCACUGUUUCCUACCUUUUGUUGUGAUAGAGAAGGAUUUCAAGUCUCUUCUUGAGCAUACUAUUUCUGAAUUUAAAGUGUUUUUGUGUAGGAUACUUUUUCUUAUUACAUCUUAUAUAGGCAGAAUACUAGAAUGCAGGCUUUGUUGAUUAUGUAAUCAUUUUGUUUUUAAUAGAUUAAAAAAAAGGGCAUCCAAAAAAAGACAAAACUAGAAAUUUGCUUUCUUAUAAAUUUCCCACUGGGUGUUGACAGCAACAUAUUUUGGGAGGGGCAAUAAACAUUACUUUUUAACUAAAACAAAACUUUCCUUAACUGUUAAAAUCACAUGAAGCUAGUGUUACCAGCAAUAGAUCUCUUCACUAUCCUUUCCCAAAUUAUUCUAACCAGGACCCAGAGUAAUGCAACAUUCUUGUUCAAUUUGUUCCACAAUCAUGGUCCGGCUUGAGUUUUUUUCACUUGUAACAUAUAGGACAUUUCUCUCACCUGAGCAGGGAACAUUGAAAGGUCAUUUGUUUUUUACAACUAAUCGGUGCUGGAUGCAGAAUUUAAAAUGUUUGUUAAUUUAUUUUCUUCAUUUUGGUUGUUUUUUUUUUUGUUUUCAUUUCAUUUCCAUUAGUAAACAUGAACUCAGAAAGAUGAAUAAAUCUGUUUAACUUGUUCAAGUGCAUCUUAAUUCUUAAAAGAUGGUAAAUAUACCAGUCUGAUUAAUGUUUUGGGUUUCUUUGACACUUUACUGUCCUCAUUUGCAUAACAUCGAUUUGACAUUGGUUUGGUUUCUCCCAAAAGACUGCUGUGAUUUCACAUUGAAUGCACAUGUUAAGCGCAGUUUCCCACAUUGCUCUGCAGCAUUCAAAAACUGAUGGUAUUAAGCUAGAUGUUACUUAAUUUUAAGCUUUUAACCUAAGACAAUAUCUAUAUAUCUUUGUAUAACGGGUCAGUGCUGUUUAGUAACACUCAACUGGAAUAGCUUGGUGUUAGUAUUUAAAAGAGAAGCGUGUCUUGUGUAGACCUGCGCACCUUUCCAGUCAGUGUGUACAGUACAUGUGUAGUAUAGUAAACAGUGUUUUAAUGUGUGAACAGGUUUGUUGAACUGUACAGACCAAAUAAUAUGACUGUACUGCUUGACAUGGAGUGUAACAAAUCAAAUUGACCUAUUCCAUUCAGCUGGUUAGCUCAUUGUGUUAUGUUGAUGUGUGAAAGAAUUAUCUUGUGACAUGCUCAGUGGUUUUUAUUUUAAUGGUCUGUUUUCUGUUUGCAAUGUCUGACAGAAAAAGAACAAAAGAAAAGUA